UACUAUUCCGUACGUUAGCGCCAUUUUGUCUUAACAGACGCCGUGCCGGCUUGUAAGACAUAUUACCAUAUUAAACUUUCCUUAUUUGUAGAAAUUCAGAUCAAAAUGGGCAAGAAAAAGAGUGGCGACAGCAGUGACCAGUCCAGCGAGGAAGAAUAUGUAGUGGAGAAAGUUCUCGACAGACGCGUAGUUAAAGGCAAGGUCCAAUACCUGCUGAAGUGGAAGGGCUACAAAGAGGAGGAGAGCACAUGGGAGCCGGAGGACAACCUUGACUGUGCGGCGCUCAUCAAAACCUUUGAGGAUGCCCGCAAGGAAAAGGAAAAGGAGAAAUCAAAGAAGCCCGAGGAGCGAGCCAAGAAACGCGUUCGCGAGUCCAGCGAGGACACACGCAAGUCCCGCGGCGCCUCCGUGUCGUCCGCGGACGGCACCGGCACCGGCACCGACGCCAAGCGCAGCAAGGACAAGGACGACAAGAAGUCCGGCUUCGAGAAGGGGCUCAAGGCUGAGAAGAUUAUCGGUGCGAGCGAUGCAACGGGGCAGCUGAUGUUCCUCAUAAAGUGGGCCGACUCGGACGAGGCCGAGCUCGUGCCCGCCAAGAUCGCCAACGUCAAGUGUCCGCAGGAGGUGAUCACAUUCUACGAGGAGCGGCUCACCUGGCACACGCCGGCCGAGUCCGAGUGAGAUGCGGCCUCCCCCUGCGCGCGACACUUACUAGCGCAUCUACCCGACACACCGCCCACCGCCUGAGCCUGACCACCAUCACUACCAUCCACACCGACACUGACUAACUUAACUUUAUUUUAAACACAUAACACUUUCUUGCAUCUAUCUGGUCACCAAACACUUUCUGCUUAGAGCCGACAGACAAAUCUCGGUCGGUCGGGAUCUUUCUCGGUCCUUCUCAGCAGAAAGUGUCCGGUGAUCGAUUGAUGGUCAGUUCAAAGCGUUGCUGUUGUUAGGACUCUAUCGAGGCCUCGGUCUCCAGUUUUGAUCUCGGAUGGAAAAUUCCAUUUAAAAUCGGAGAUCACGGUCUAAAAAGUGACAAGGGGCACUUUUAACUAUUCCCAUUUGAACGUUUAAACUGUCACUAUUACCUCGUAAUACUGGCAUAAUUGAGUAUAUCAGAUCCAAAUAAUUUUAAAUCCACGGUACUAAUGACAAUUAACAUUCCCAGUAUCACGAUAAUACCUAGUAAUUUUUAUCCGUACCCAUAAAACGGUUCAGUUCUGUGCAAAUAUUAGGAAGUACACAGUCAUGUCACAAGGCAAAAACAUCUGAGCACGACUCUAUUGUCAACAUAUUAAAUAUUUUUAGGCAUCCCGUUUUAGUAAAGUGUUAGUAAUUUGUUUUGAUUGUAACCAUCAACGUAAGCAACGCAAUGUUAGUCUUCAGGCCGGUGCAAUACUGUCAGUAUACCUGAAUACGGCAAGUAAAACUUGUCUACAGUAUGUUUUCCGAUGUUCCAAAAUAAGAUGAGCUUGUAAAUGAUGCGGGGGGAAAAUACGGUGUUAGCGUGCGUUAAUAGACAUACAGUGUACAAUAACUAUUUUAAAAUCAUGAUUUUUAACAAUGUGGUAUGUAAUUUUUCAACUUAAAAAAAAUAUCUUUUAUAAUUGUCACACUUGGGAAAUAUCAGGGUUUUGCUUAAAAAAAGGUUCAAGGGUUUUGGUCAAAUAGACCAGAUCACAGACCUCCAACAAGAUGGGAGGAUGAUAUUAAAAAGAUUGCAGGCCCACUCUGGAGAAGCAGCAAAUCGGGCUGCUUGGAGGAGUUUUAGAGAGGCGUAUGCCCAACAGUGGGCACAUACUCGCUGAGAAAGAAGAAGAGAGAAGAGUUUUGCUUUAUAACCACCGUAUUUGUUAGUGACUCCUUUGUAAAACGCAACCCUGUACCUCAUAAAAGUACGUUAAUAUUUUACAGCUAAAAUUAUAAACUAGCAACGUAGAUGCAAUUGACAUUUGCUUGACUGAUGCAUUGCUCAUGUCAAUCAAUCAAUCAAAUGUUUUAUUCGUGAUAAACUCACUCAUGUAGACUUAAAGUUUAUUGUAGUUAUGUAAAAUCGGACAGUGUGACAACGAUAGACGAUCCGCUACUAGGUGUUGUACAUUAUAACCAAGAACGCACGCUAGCAUCUUUUAACAUUAUUAUAAUCAUUGGUUUUAUUUGCCAGGUACUAAAAUUACAGUUUGCCUCAAUUUAAACUUCUUGUUAUUUUGGGUAGUAAGUUGGCCAGUCAAACCGUAAUUUUACUAUCUGGGAUGUAAAUACACAGUUUAGUGUAAGUACGAUUGUGAUGCGGCGAGAUUCGUUUGCGAUUUUGGGAUUGUUAUCGAAUUUCAACAGAUAUACUGUCGCGCGGAUACAUAUCUCAAGUCACAUGAGACGUUCCAUCUUUUGCAAAGCAUGGUGUGAUGUGCUGUAGGAUUUGGUCAAUAGCCGGCGGCGCUGUCGAAACACUUAGGUCGGGUUGCACCAAACCGUCUAUCACCGUUUUAGCAUUCGCAAAAUUUUAUUGUAUGGGAAGUUUCAUAGUUCUCUGCUGCUUGAUGUUGAUCAGUCUGUUAAUUAUGGUUGGUGCAACUGGCCCUUAGUGUGGUCCUAAUUGUAUUACAGUCGUCAACGGAUAUAUAUUAAGAGCGGCCAAAGUGCUUAAAAUUAUCUCAAUACUUGCUUAACAAUAACUUAACAGCUUGAGAGCACUUUGGCCGCUCCGUAUUACAAUGGAUCGGUCUUGUAUUGAAGCAAUCUGUAGCUAGCCGCGCUGAAAUUUGGUUGGUUUAGAGGUCUGUGCACAACGAUGAGUGCACGUGACCUUUGUAAUGUAUCAAUUCUCAUAAGAGACAUCACAUAGCUUGCGUGCGGUGCGCGUCCGAUGUGCAACGACCUUUAAAGCUUAUGACGUUUGAUAUUCCACAUAUGUAUGGACUUAGGUAAGGUUUAGGUUAGUAUUACGCAUUCGAGUGUAAGAUAUUAUAACGUCACCGCUGUAAUGACGGUUUCUGUGCAACUUUGGUUUUAAUUUAGGACAUAACUUGUCACAAGUAUAUACCUAACAAAAAUAAAUUAAAUACUUUUGGUAUAUAUUUCUGAGAGUUAAAUAUACAUUAUCCAUGUUUGAUAGACAAGAACCACUCAUAAAAGUCUCUUAACAGGUACGUCAGGUACCUAAAAUUGAUUUCAGAUAAGGAGGAUGUUCUCAGUUCUGAAUUAAAUAUUAAUUAUAAAACA